GUGAGGCUCUAGUGCGCACGGACCAUCAGAUCUUGGUUUAGUCUUCAACCACAUCGAACAACCCAAACAAAGCUGUAAACACGACCAAUUCGACUCACACCGACACCACCACCAUUGCAUAACUACUCUAUCAAUCAAAGUCAUGCGUCGGUAGCCACGUACCUUCUUGGUUGGUACGCGUUUCGCUCAUAUUCCCUCCUGCAUUGUCGCCUGCGUACAAUUCGUCGCAAUGGCCGCGUCGAGGACAAAAGCACCUCAAGUUGGGUCUGCCCAAUGGCUCAUCAGCGAGACACGACAAGCGGAGGAGUUUCUGGAGCAAGAAGUCGAAGAAUUCAGUUUCUCGGUUCGCAAUGAGAUUGAAUGGCUGAACGAACACAUGUCGGACGUGUUCUCUAGAGACCAUACAAACUUUGCAGAGAUGCUCAAAACCCCUGGGAGACUACGGGGAAAGACGCCACGUACGGUGAGGAAACUUAAUGCUGAGACGCGUGCACCACUGGCAGACGUUUUUGCACCAAACCCUCAGUCCACUCCAAGUCCUUCAAAAUCAUCCCACUUCUAUAGCAAAAUAGCCAAAUUUCAAGUCGCAGGAGACGUUGAUCCCGCCAAUGCUGCCACGCCUAAAGCUACACCGAGCUCCAAAAUACUGGCACGUCUUGGCCAAGAAAACGAUGGCUCGUCAUAUAAGCUGGCCAAGACCACCGACGAAAUGGACAUCGAUGUUAUGCCUACCGCCGUACGCCUCUCCCCUGCGAAGAAAGUGAUAAUCCAGAAGUCACCACUACUUUCACCGGUCCAAGCUGUUGCCACCGAAAGUGGAGCCUCAACAGAUGCAUCUUUUGUUUCUGCCAAGGAGCGUAAAAGCGCCUCUAUCGAAGCACAAGGCAAACAGGUCGAUGUUAUUACGGCCGUGAAUGACGAUGAUGUCAUGGACCUUGUGGAGAGUAUAACCGCACUGCAGCAGCCGAAUGAAGAUGGACGAUCCGGCUCAGACCAGUUUAAUGUCUCUCAUACCACAGCAUCUGCACUAAACUCGGUAAUUCAUCACACGGACGAGACCCAGGUCGCUCAGAGUAAAGUUGAGCCCGAGGGAGUCCGGUCACCUUCUGAUGGGUCCAGUCCUGUAAAGCAAAUUGUUCGCAAAAGCAGUCUCACAUUCGCGUCGCUUCCCGCCCGCGAACCACUUGCCAAGAAGAGUGUUGGUGCACGCACUAGUGGCCCUCAACGACAAAGUCAUUACACCCGUUUCACUGGAGGGAAAAGCCUCGGAGGGUCGCAAUCUCAGUCUACUGCCACCACAGCAACUUCACAAUUCUCUACUCAAGAAGACGCCAUGGACUGGGAAGAGACGCAACCUACAUCUCAGGAGUCACAAGCUGCAGAGGCUACCAAGUUACACAACAAGACUUCCACUCAACGUCUGCAUGAUCGCAUAAACAUGCUCGGUCAAGCCAAAGAUAGGACGUCCAAGGUCAUACCAAACACCAAUGCAUCAAUACAGCCACAGUACCCCCAAUUGCCAAGUCUCGAUCUUGAUAAGCCGACCAAUGAUGGCACUACAGCAUUUUCACCGAACGCAGCCUUAGAAGCUGAUGAGGAUGAAGGAGAUCGGAUUGCGCCAAUCUCCGGGUCCAGUUUCCCUCUCCCACCAACUCGGCCAGAUCUUUUCAAGAGUCAUUCUGCGGAAGUCAUGCAACAAAUCAGUGGCCGGUCCAGUAUCGGGCGCUUUGAACAACCUCAAUCGCCUACGACCACUGGUUCGCCUUUAAGACCAACGUUGGGACACAGCAAGUCCGCGUCAGCAUCAGCCAUUCCGUCGCUUAUCAGACUGAACACCGCUGUACAAGGUCAUAAGAAAGUCGCGUCCGACUCUGAUUCAGCCAUGUCUACGGUUCUCGAAACCACGACUCCGUCUGGAUCACCAAUUGGUAAAAAAUACGCAGAUGGACCUCUCAGCGCCUCUAAAGCCAAAUUUUUCUCCGUUCUAAAAUCAGCAAAAGACAGAAUCAUAGCUAGCGCGGGUAUCAGUGCACAGGCCAAGCUAGAAGCCCUUUCCCCUUCUCAUCGCGAUAAACAAAUAUCCCACAUGCCUUCGCUAGAUCAAAUUUUCAGUCCCAAGAGGCCUGAGCGUGCUCCGAGCCCAGCCAGGCCUGUUAGUCCUGUAAAAGCUGAUGAAGGCCGGCGUACUCGCAGCUCAACAGAAAAACAAAGAGAAAAGGCUGCUAAAGAUAACCAACGUCACGAAGAUAACCUCGAGAAAGCAAGAGCUAAGGUUCGCGAUGAGAUUGCGGUGCAUUCACAACAGACCAAGCAAAAGGCCGUCGAACCAAAUGUGGAAAGUAUGCCAGAUAACGCCUCUAUCAAAGAAGUCGCAGACACGGCGCUUUCGGCUCCUCCAAAGAGCCAGCUUCCCACGGCACUUCCUCAGAAACAGAAAGAUUCGCGCAGGCUGGUCAAGCCUACAAAGGAGGCUCAGUCCAAACAACCGGUCGUUGUCAAAGUGGCCAUGAAUCGUCAGUUCCCUCAGCAUCAGGCUAGCAACGCCGCUCUAGCAUCCUCUUUCCAGGAAAAUCCAGCCACGUCUAAGCAGCCUCAAACCGGAGCCAAGGCGGGCAAUGAUAGUGUCAAACCACCGCCACCUGCUACUUCCGCUCGACAAAAGGCGAUGGACAUUGCCGCGAAAAAGAAGGACCAGGCUGCACAGCGUAGAGCCGACCAGAAACGCGAGGUCGAACAGAAGAAGUUAAAACAAGAAGAAGAGCGCAGAACGGAGCAACAGCGCAGAGCUGCCGAACAGCGAGCUCUGGAUGCCAAAAGAGCUACCCAAAAGCAAAACAUGGAGGCUAGGACCCGGCCACAAGCUAAUCGUCCACCCAAUCGCCAGGUGAAUAAUCUCGCGUCAGCACUUCAGCAAGAGAAGGCAGCUCACGGAGGCACACAUCAAAGAGGCGACCUUGGCACCACCAGGCCGGUGUCCCGCAUGAACACUGUACCAAUUCCUCCGAUCAAUCCGGCUAAGCCACCAAAGCGGAUAUUUCAACCAGAUGACGACGAACCCAUCAUACGCCCACAAAUCCAGAGAGCUCCUCCAUCGUUCCAGCAGACAGAGAGCAAGCGCCGAAAGACUGGGGACAUGGAGGAAGAAACUGCCGAAUUGGGUCGUUCAGUCAUGAAGCCACCGAUUCGACAAUCAAACAUGCGCAAGGAACAACAGAACAAAUUUCCUCAGGGAUACAUGCCAGCUCAGACACCAGCCUCGCAUGCCCUUUUGAAGCAUGCAACUUCGGCACAGCACCAAAAGUCCAAUCACCCUCACGAGCUCGCCAAGUUUUCGAAUGCGAAAAUUCCCUUCGCAGAAAACCCGAAUCCUGCCGGGCCCUCUAACUCGCAAUAUGGGCAACAGUCUGCAUUCAAGACACCCGUGCGCCAGAACGGUCCACACAACUACCAGAAUACCGCUAAAUCUGCGAAGUCGUCUCCUGCUUACCCCAACAGCGAAGCCAUCAGUCUUCCUGACAUUCCCACUGAUUCCGAGGAUGAAGAUUCUGAAAAUGGCUUCGAACAACCUUCUUGGGCAGAUUCGCCGGCACUCCGAGAAUUACUUAUUGCACAGCAACUCAUCGACCCCGAGACAAUCUUCGGACCUAUCCCACCAUUGCAGAUGGAGGAGAUUUUCAAAAACAAAGACCGCCAUAAGCGUUUCCGCGAAAGAACCAGCAGCGCUAAUUGGAGCGGUGGUGAUCGUCUGACUGAAGAGGAAAAGCAACGCGACCGUGAGGCAAGACGGAGAUUGAUGAGGGAUGGAGCAUGGAGUUUUAAUACAACUGGUGAACACUGAGAUGGAGCAUGAUUGUUAUGCUCCAUGCUGACAUCCACAAAGCAGAGUAUAGAUGAACAGUCUGCGAGUUUGUAUGUUUGGUUCGAAACGACUUUGUCAUGGCGCGCGUUUUUUACUGUGGUUUUCUUUUUCAGUACUUUGCAUGAACUGGACGUUCAGGGGUACACUUGGCGCUUUG